CGAGUCAUGGUUUCAUGCAGAACAUUUUAUCAUUAACAAUUUUUGUCAAAUUAUUAAUAACACAAGCUUUAUUGAUUGCUAUGAAAAGUAGUAUAUUCAGAUGAUAGGUAUGCUUUAUCGUUUGAUGGAAAAUAUUUAUGAUCAUAAACGUUUUGUCACUGAAAAAAAGGCUGGAUAUUUUCGGAACGUAUAGUAAAAACAUUUGAGCGAAUACAGCAGUUUUGUGCCAAACGUCGAUCUAACUUGCACAACAGAGACAAAUAUAGACACUCUCAGGUAAGAUGCGUUUAUUCUUCCAGGUACACAGUAAAUUUCUGUCUCAAAGAUGGGAGUUCGAGGCCUGUGGACAUAUUGUCGGGAAAAUCUGCCGUCAUGUGCCAAGGCGGUGGACCUUGUUCGUGUUGCCAAGCAACGCCAUGGCAUAAACAUUCUAGUAGACCUCUGUGCCUUUGAAGUGUUCCUGGUUCGUCAAGUCUUUGUGGCCCUUCAAGAUGUCACGGACAAUCCAUACCUUCCAAUUUUAGGGGGGGAAUAUGGUGCUAUUGAUGCAUAUGUGUCCAAAUUGGUAUCAGAUUUGAAAAGUCUUGGCAUUGAACUUUUAUUCUUUGUGGAUGGCUGCCAAGGAAGUUCACAGGAGGUUAAUUCUCGAAAGAUGCCCGUUUGGAAAGAAAGAUGUAAUGAUUGUAUUGAGGUUCAAAGAAAUACUUUGAGAGUCUGUGCAGGGGACAUCAAUAUAGAUGAAUUAACACAAAUGUUAUGUUCACGUUUGAUGAGUCCUCAGUUCCGUAGUUCCUUGGAAUCCAGUGGCUGCAAAGUCUGUGAUGUUCGAGAGGAAGCUGAUACGUAUAUUGCUAAAACUUUUGAGACAAUGGAAAACGCUUAUGCUGUUUUGACCAAUGACACAGACUUUUUCAUCUUCAAGGGAUGUGUAAGCAUAUUCAAUGAAGGGUUUGAUUUGACAAACAGUCUCAAACCAGAGCCAGGAGGAACUGUACCCUCAAAGCCCAAAGAACUUAUAUGUUUGGUCUUUACAUCUGAGAGGAUUGGAAGAAGUCUUGGGUUUCAGCAUCAUUCACAGCUGAUAGAACUCAGUAUCAUAGCCGGGAAUGACAACACUAGGCGCUUCAUGAUGGAGUUUCGCUACCUGCUUUCCAUUAAGGGUAGAUGGUCAAUGUCCAAGGCAGCUGCUUGGGUGAAGCAAUAUGGGCGUGUCGAAAACCAUCCAGCGUUGGCUCGAAAAGUGGAUAGAUAUCCAGCUUUCCGCAAAGCUGUAGAAGAUUCCAGACUGUUCUACACAUUGCAAUGCACUGAACCUGUGAGGGUGGGGGGGGAAAUUCUUGCCUUGCUCAAUGAUGGUGUUGUACAAGGAACCUUACCUAGUGCACUGCUGGCUAUAUACAACCGGGUUUACUGGCGUAAUGUCUCCAUAGAGCAGCCGUCAUUGUGUGGCAACACAGCCAGCACGGCCCUCAUAGAACUCAGGCAGAGAAUAUACAGGAUGGUGCUUCCAGAAACCGUGGACACAGUGAUGGAAUUUGGACUUGACUCCCAAGGACAAAAAUUUGAAUGUGUCAGUGUAAAAACAAUCAGUGAUGAGAAAAUUCCACACAUCUGUAGUAUACAGCCAGAUGCGAUACAUGAAAACCUCCUUCAUUUUGAAAGGAUUAUGACUCACAUGGAGGGUGGCGCAGUGAAAUCCUGGUUUGACAAGUUUGAAAGGAAUGAGGCCUUCCUUUGCUACAUCCUCCGCUACUUCCUCCUCCUCAACUGGAAACACAAUCUCUGCAUCACAGAAACGGAGUUCUGUGCGCUCGUCGCUCUGGUGUUUGGUUACAGAGACGAACGAUGGUACCAAGGACUUGCCUUGAAGCCUUCUCCACGCUGUGUGACGAUAAGUUCUUGGCUCCAGACUUUAUACCAGCAAGCCUGGAAACUUCUUGCAGGAGCUUUAUAUCUGACCAGGGAGUUCCCAACACCAGCUGACUUGUUUUCUGGAGCUGUGUGGACCGCAUACUAUAUUUGCUCCACAGGCAAAGAAUUGCCUAAGACUGCAUCAAGACGUUGUAGACGGGACCUGGAGUUGGCCAUAAGGCUGAACAUGGACAUCAUACAAGCACUCAGUGAGGGUAUAUUUGACUGUGGACAAAUUGGAAAAGUGAAAGCGACAAAAACAAUUCGUCAGUCAAGCCUACAAGACAAGUAGUGGUGAAGAAGAAAAUGGUCAUUUUUAUGUCACUUGUGAACACAAGACAAGGACAGUUUCGAAAAGGAAACCCUGGUAUUACUGACAUAAUCUGAUUGGCAAGUAACACUAUCAGAACUGAGCAAUAGAUUUACUCUGAUGAGUCAUGUCAGAUGCUCUUCACACCCUGAUUGUUGGACCUAUACUAAUGUUUGUUGUUUACUGCACACUAACUAUACUUCUGAGGUCUAAUUUAUAACGUUCAUGUUGAUAAAGAAGUGCUAGGUUUUAUGUGCAAAUCAGUCGUCAUUAUCACCUGUAACCUCACACCAUGCUUAUCACUUCUAACCUAGCACCAAACAUCUCAAACAUCUUGUUCCUACGAAUAUUGGUAUGUUUUCAUGUAUAAAUAGUACUUAAAUAAAGUGGCCUUGAUAUGUUGAAAUAUUACCGAUGUGACUCCCUCAUUCACUUGAUAUGUUUAUGCAAUGUAUGUUUAUUAUUAUACCCCUGCUACGAAGUGCCUUUUGCUAUUUUAAUUUGUGUUUGAUGGUUACCUGGCCACAGCAUAUCAUCGAAACUAUACAUGCUUGGUUCACCAAACUUAAUACGCAAGUUAAUCAUG